GUAAACCCUCGUCCCGUCUUGAAGUUGUGUUAUUUCUCCAACCAAGCAACAGGGACACACACUAUUUCCAAUAUAUACGUUAUAAUCAAUCCACCCACUCUUUGGAUCAUCAUACCAUACUUUUUCUUGGCAUAGAGAGUAUUUCAUCAGGAAAAUAGAAAACAAGGUCUGAAUUGAAGAACUUGGAAGGAAAAAGGAAAAAAGAUAUCGACCGAUGGGUUCAAAACUCACUUCUCUCCUAAUUUUUUACUUGGUCUCUUACAUUAAGUGUCUCCAAACAACAAGCAGCCACACAACUCGAGAACACGACCAUCAAGAACAUGAUCAAAAAUCAAUAUCAUAUUCCGAAAAUGACCCCGAACUUAGCGUCUUCUUCCACCACAACACCCUCCAAACUGGCACCAAACUCCGUCUCUAUUUCCCGGCAAACGAGCCCUUGGCCUCCCCGCGCUUACUCUCCCGUCACGAAUCCGAUUCUAUCCCUUUCUCAUCCUCCCAACUCCCGAGCAUCCUCCAACUCUUCUCGUUCCAGGUUACAUCCAAACAGGCCCUUGCCAUGCGGGCGACCCUAGACCACUGCGAGUCCCCACCCAUCAUAGGGGAGACCAAGUUCUGCGCCACGUCACUCGAGUCCAUGCUCGACUCCCUUCGCUCCAUCUUCGGUUUUCGAUCCGAAUUCCACGUGGUCACGACGAAUUGCCCCACGGUCCCCACACCGGAUUUGAGGAACUACACGGUUAUCGAGGCGCCCGUGGAGAUAUCGGCUCGGAGGAUAGUGGGCUGCCACGUGUUGCCUUACCCCUACGCUGUUUUCUACUGCCAUAGCCAGGACAGCGAUAACAAGCUCUACGAGGUUUCGCUUUCGAGUGAGGAUGGGGAGCAGAUGGAGGCCGUGGCUAUGUGCCACCUAGACACGCGGGAGUGGGAUCCGGGCCACGUGGCGUUUCGGGUGCUAGGGAUUGGGCCAGGUGGACCGCCCGUUUGCCAUUUUUUCCCGCCGGAUAAUCUCGUCUGGGUUUCGACCUAGUGAUGUUUUGUAUUAGUUUUGGUUUGCGCCUCGCGUAUUUUUGUAUUUUGUAUCAAAACGAGUAUUUUUAUAUAACUAGUAAAGUGCACGUGCGUUACACGUGGUGGUGAAUA